AUGCAUUUUAAGUGGGUGAUGGAUGAUCUUGAACUUCGUGAGUCGAAGCUGUGGCCUUGUACCCAGCCUUGGGAGAACUCUGAUGAUAUCAGUUUCACUUACCACCCCCCACCCCCUUCCCACAUACCCUUAACACCCCUCACCAUUGUAACUGAAAAACGGUCCGUUCACGACGUAGUCCAAGAUCUAGUAGUCAACAAUGACAAAAUAAAAAUACCGGAAAAAUAUAAAAGAACUCUCAAACUAGACUAUUCGGACUGCAAGAAGAAUGACUCUUACCUAUGGACGGCUGUUACCAGGAAUAGUUUAACGACGAUAUCAGAGAAUAGCACCCCUCCCUCGACACCGCUUAUGAGUCCAAUGUCGCCAGAAAUAUACAGUCCCGUAUUCUUUGAAUAUCCAGACCGCACAGAUCUGUCGAAUCAAAUGAAUGACCACUUGGCGUGUAUAAAUUUCAUUCUCUGGGAGAGGUUAGCCAGCCAGUUAGUAUUUCCAAACGUUUCUCUACUCAGACGGCGAAGCGACAGCUCUUCGAAGUCUGGCAGUAUAAAACGAAUAAUUAAUAGACUGUCAAGGAAAAGUAAAUCUUCUGACACAGACUCUAAAGGCGAAGUGGCAGUGUUAUCUAUGCCCGCAUUGACCGGCAGUACGAACACUAUUAAUGAUUUAGGAAAGGAAGUAAAAACUAUCCCUUUAAAUUCCUCCUUGCUCCUCCUCUCCCAAACCAGAUCUCUUCUUUUCCCGGAUGGUGCAUGGUAUUUUAACUACUUGGAUGGUGUAAGUGUAUUUUGGUGUAGUGCAUGUGCUUUUAUAAUGCAUUUUAUUUGCAGCUUCGAAUUGAAUUGGAGCAGGCUUGACACUUAA